AUGCCUGGUCUCCCCAGAAGCAUCGACCUCGAUGAGUGCAUUGAACGGCUCUACCGGAAGGAGCUGCUUGCGGAGCCAGUUAUCGAGGCUAUCUGUGCGAAAACAAAGGAGCUGCUGAUGAAGGAAAGCAAUGUGGUCCAUAUUAAGGCACCGGUCACCGUGGUAGGCGACAUUCAUGGCCAAUUCUUUGAUUUACUUGAGAUCUUUCGCAUUGGGGGUUUCUGCCCGGACACCAAUUACCUAUUUCUCGGCGACUACGUCGACCGUGGUCUCUUCAGCGUGGAAACAAUCUCCCUUCUCGUCUGCCUUAAGCUUCGCUACCCCCAGCGAGUCCACCUAAUCCGCGGUAACCACGAGUCCCGCGGUGUCACCCAGUCGUACGGUUUUUAUACCGAGUGUGCCCGCAAGUACGGCAAUGCCAAUGUCUGGCACUACUUCACCGAUAUGUUCGACUACCUCACACUAAGCGUCGUGAUCAACGACGAGAUCUUUUGCGUACACGGUGGUCUAUCUCCCUCCAUCCACUCUCUCGACCAGAUCAAGAUCAUUGACCGAUACCGGGAGAUCCCACAUGAAGGGCCAAUGGCCGAUCUCGUGUGGUCAGACCCGGACCCGGAGCGCGACGAAUUCUCCCUUUCGCCUCGCGGGGCGGGCUAUACCUUUGGUGCGCAAGUGGUGCGCAAGUUUUUGGAGGUGAAUAGUAUGUCUCACAUCCUGCGGGCGCACCAGCUUUGCAACGAGGGUUACCAGAUUCUCUUCGAUGACAGGCUAAGUACAGUCUGGAGUGCGCCUAACUACUGUUAUCGCUGUGGUAAUCUAGCAAGUGUGCUAGAGGUCAGCGAUAACAUGGAACGGUUCUUUAACAUCUUCGACGCGGCCCCCGAGAACGACGUGCAUAGAAGCGAGCAGCAGGCACAGCAGAACAGGGACUCGCAGCCUGUGAUUGAUUAUUUCUUGUGA